AAGUACCAAAGGCCCGAUAGUUUUGGAGGAGUGCAACCUAUUGCUAUUGUUUUGUUUAUAAAUUACACAAAAUAAUUCUUUCCAUAGCAAGUAGUCAACUUUUUAGAGUGCAAGUAACUGCAUAUCUACAGAAAACAUUCAUACUUGAUACUUGUGAUGCCUCCGGCCGAAAGCCAAGUGCAACACAAAGAUAAACGCAUUUUUUAAGUUUAAAGAUAAGUUUGUUGCAUUCUCAACUAACUUUAGUGUGCAGAAGAUAGGCGUAUCAUUAGGCGGAAGAACUUGCUUGGACGAAAAGGGAGCACCCGAAUCAUCAAACAGAAGCACCAGGGGAUUCCCCGGCUUACGAUUCUCCUUCGAAGCACACCCAAAGAUGCGGAGAUACAUUGCACUCUUGGGGCUCAUCCUAACCCUAAGUGGACAGUUUAACUCGGUGCUGGCUGUGAAGAACAAAACCUGCGAGAAACUGCUUGGCGAACUUGCCGAUGCGCAGAGCAAGUUCAUCUACUGCGCCACCACAAAGUCGGUGCCCGUGAAUCUGUGUGAGGGAUGCGUUGAUCUCUACCGGGCUCUCAGCCAGGAUUACGGAAACCUAAUUGCGGACGCCAACUGUUCCAAGCGGUAUCUGAAUUCGGACAGGAUCAAUAUAGUGGCCACCACCCAAGGAAUCCUCACCAGCCUGUGGCAGAAGGCCAACUGCGAAAAUUGCUUCAGGGAUAAUUUUUGGAAUAUAUACGAUGACAACUCAACAAAGUUGCAGGAAUGCUUGGACUCUACUAGUCGGGAUCUAGUUUGCUACACUUGCAAAAGCGAUUACGUGGGCCUGAAUGAUUUCUACCUCAGCAUGGAAACGAAAGUCGGCGGAAAGGUGUGCUUUGAUCUGCAGGACAACAUGAACCGCACUCGCCUCAACUGGUCAAAAACGCUGAAAUGUUGCCAACGCGAGGUGAAGCUGACCAACUUCCUCAUCGCCGUGGGCGUAGUUGUCCUGCUGCCCAUUCUAACCUUCUAUAUCACGGCAAUCGUAGUGACCAAGCGGCGGGAGGCCAAUCAUGGUUUGCUUAAUGAGCAGGAACCUGGACUGGACGCGCCCUCCACGUCGACACUAAUCACGGCUGCCGUGCUGUCCACUCCAGUAGAAGAUCCUGUUGUCGUCUCCGCCCGUACGGAAAAAAUCGCCAAUGUAUUGAGCGGAGCUGAAACUCACCUGCUGGACGUAUCAAGUGAUGAAGAACCGCCUCUUAGAAAAAAAGUUCCUAAGACUACCGAAUCCGAGUACUCCAGUGACGAUGAGCCUCUUGCAAAGAACAAACGAGCGUAACAAAACCAGAUAGAGUGCCCAUAAGGGGAACCUCCGGUAUCAGUGUACGGAUAUUUUUCAAUUAGAGGAUCCUAGAGCAGCAAAGCUGUAAGCAUUUAAAGGAUUUUUGUAGUCGAUUACCUAAUAACUGUGCGGAUAGCUUUUGUGCUUGUAAAAAGCCCUCUUACCAUAUAUUUCGGAAAAUUAUCUCCGCCUUGUGCCUAACCAAAUAUAACACACUUUUAUAUAACAUA